UUCGCUUGCCAAGACAGUUUCCUCUCGACUGUGUCUUCCUCCAAUCUCCUCCCUUACGUGAUAGUCAAGCGUCGCGGAGUAGCUCUUCCGGAGCUCCUCUGCUGCGCCGUUUCGACCGUGGGGCUCGCCGGGGAAGCGACGGGGACUCUGAUCCGCGCGGUUUCUUGUCCCAGACAAGUUGGCGCAAGCGAUCGUCGAUUUUCCGAGUGUAAUCGCCAGCCCUUCAGAGCAUUCGGCCGGAGGCAAUGACGUCGCCGGAACGCCCGUACCGGUUCCCCGCGCUGCCGGAUGACGAGCAGGCCACGCGCACGCGGUGCACCACCCAAUCGUGCGGGACGUGGGGCGCGUCGGCGGUGGCGAACUGCGUGGCGCUCUGCUGCUGCCCCUGCGCCGUGGUGAGCUGCCUCACCCUGGCGCUCGUCAAGGCGCCCUACGUGGCAGGCCGGCGGUGCGUGGUCAGGCUCGCCAGGAGGCGGCAGCUGUGCGCACUCCGCAACGCGAGGCGCGUCAGGGACCUGGACGAGAAGCAACAGGACCAGCUCGGCGACGCAGCGCCGCGGCGAAGCAAGGAGUGCGCCGAGCUGGCCGGUGCGGUCAUCGUCGGCGCCGAAGGCAGGGCGAAGGUGAGCUCGAGGGAGGACGCGGCGGAUAAGGUGUGGGUGGAGAUGUACAAGGUCGGCCUCUGGGGUUUCGGCCGGCUGUCCUUCUCGGCGACCGGGGGAGGAGGCGACUGCGAGAAGGACGGCGACGAUGCUGCUGAGUGA